AUGAGUUCCCCAGACGCACAGAUCUUUCCUCACGCAACCGCUGAAGCCGAGAAGACAGUGGCGAAGCAUCAGGCUCCGCAAGACCUCAUCUUCUAUGCCGGCUGGUUCUGUCCGUACGUGCAACGCACGUGGAUCACUCUCGAAGAGAAGGGCAUCCCAUACCAAUACCAGGAGGUCAAUCCCUACAAGAAGGAAGCUCGUUUCUUGGCCAUUAAUCCGAAAGGUCUCGUACCUGCUAUCGAAUACAAGGGAAAGGCCAUUUACGAGUCGCUCAUCUUGUGCGAGUUCCUCGAGGAUGCUUUCCCAUCCCACACGCCCCAUGUACUUCCGCAGGACCCAGUAGAACGCGCUUUGGCACGCAUCUGGAUUGACAACAUCAACAAGAACUUCCUCCCUGCAAAUGGUCGCCUCGUGCAAUCCCAAGAGCCAGAGAAGCAGCAAGCGGCCUUGGAAGAGGUGUACACGUUCCUUAAGAAGUUCACAGACAACAUCAAGGGACCCUACUUCCUCGGCGAGGAGUUCAGCCUUGUGGAUAUUGCCAUUGCUCCUUGGAUCGAGCGUGAUUGGGCUACAGCGCAGCAUAGAGGAUAUAAACGCGCGAAUGUUGGCGCCAAGUGGCAGGCAUACGCGGCCUUGGUCGAGAAGAGGCCUAGCGUGGUCAACACUUCAAGUUUGAGGGAACAUCUUAUUCCAAUCUACGGCCGCUACCUCCGCGAUGAGGCACAGAGUGAGGGUGCAAAGGCAAUCCGAGCUGGCAAGCCACUUCCCUGA